CUCUGCUUUCUCAGGACUCUGCUUCACCAGGAGAGGAGUCUAGAAGACUGAUUGAUUCUUGGAAUUUUAAGUCAUGGCCCAUUUGAUGAUGUUCAGGGAUGUGGCUAUAGACUUCUCUCAGGAGGAGUGGGAAUGCCUAAGCUUGGAACAGAGACAUUUGUACAGAGAUGUGAUGUUGGAGAACUACAGCAACAUGAUCUCACUGGGACUUUGCAUUUAUCAGCCAGAUGUGUUCUCUUUACUGGAGAAGGGGAAGGAGCCCUGGAUGGUUUUACAGGAUGAGACAAGAGGACCUUGCCCAGACAUGCAGUCCAGAUGUCAGAGCAAGAAGUUAUCACAAAAAAAUGUCACUUUUGAGAGAGAAUUGACUCAACUGGAAAUUUGUAAAAAACACAGCCUUGAAUAUUUGUGUUUUAGGGGUGAUUGGGAAAGCAAAGAUCAGUUUGAAACACAACAGGAAAAUCAGGAGGAAUGUUUUAAGCAGGUUACACUCGCCAGUGAAAAAAUGUCCACUUCUAAACAUCACACAGCUUUUAAUGUACAUCACAAACAGAAUACAGGAAAGAAACUGAAAGAAUUUAAAGAACGUGGGAAAGCCUUUCCUUCUGGUUCCAAGUGUACUCAACAUCAAGUAAUUCACACUAGGGAGAAAUUUUGUGAAGAUAAGGAAUAUGAGAAGACCUUUUUUUCUGAUUCAGAACUUACUCAAUAUCAGACAGUUCACACUGCUAAGAAAACUUACGAAUGUAAAGAAUGUGGGAAGGUGUUUAGUUUGCGUUCAAGUCUUACUGGACAUAGGAGGAUUCAUACUGGUGAAAAACCUUUUAAAUGUAAGGAAUGUGGGAAGGCGUUUAGAUUUCAUUCACAACUUAGUGUCCAUAAGCGUAUUCAUACUGGUGAGAAGUCUUACGAAUGUAAGGAAUGUGGGAAGGCCUUUAGUUGUGGCUCAGAUCUUACACGACAUCAGAGAAUUCAUACUGGUGAAAAACCCUAUGAAUGUAAUGAAUGUAGGAAGGCCUUUAGUCAGCGAUCACAUCUUACUAAACAUCAGAGAAUUCACACUGGUGAAAAACCUUAUGAAUGUAAGGAGUGUGGAAAAGCUUUUACUCGUGGCUCACACCUAACUCAACAUCAGAGAACUCACACUACUGAGAAAUCUCAUGAAUGUAAGGAAUGUGGAAAAGCCUUUAUUCGUGGUUCAAAUCUUGCUCAACAUCAGAAUGUGCAUGUUGGUAGGAAACCCUAUGAAUGUGAGAAAUGCGGAAAAGCCUAUAUCUGGAGUUCACACCUUGCUCGACAUCAACGAAUUCAUACUGGUAAGAAACCUUAUGAAUGUAAGCAAUGUGGGAAGACAUUUAUUUGGGCCUCAUAUCUUGUUCAACAUGAGAAAAUUCAUAAUGAGAGGAAAGUCCAUGAAUGUAAGGAAUGUAGAAAGAUCUUUCUUCAUGGCUCGGAGUUUAAUCGACAUCAAAAAAUUCAUACUGGUGAGAGAAACUAUGAAUGUAAGGAAUGUGGAAAGACCUUUUUUCGUGGUUCAGAACUUAAUCGACAUCAGAAAAUCCAUACUGGAAAGAGACCAUAUGAAUGUGAAGAAUGUGGAAAAGCCUUUCUCUGGGGUUCACAACUUACUCGACAUCAGAGAAUACAUACUGGUGAGGAACCUUAUGUAUGUAAAGAAUGUGGGAAAUCUUUUAUCUGGGGUUCACAACUUACACGACAUAAGAAAAUUCAUACUGAUACAGAUUCCUAUGAAUAUAAGGAAAGUAGCCAGAUCUUUGGUCACCAUCCAUAUUUUAGUGAACAGAAAAUUCACAAUGGUAAGAAUCUCUAUCGAUGGAAAGACUAUGGGAACACAUUUAGUCAGGACUCAGACUUUGCUCAACACCAGGGUAUUUACACUUUUGAGAAAUCCUAUGAAUAUAAAAAUUUUGAGACAUUUUCUCCAAACUCUCACUUUAUUUCACUCUCAUAAAAUCUUAUGAUAUAAAAAUAUAGGAAAGUCUUUAUUCAUGACUCAUUAAUUGAUGUUUGUUAAUUCCUUCUUUUGAGAAACCCCACAAGUGUAAUAUUGGAAGACUCUGUCAGAGCACAUAACACACUCAACAGCAGAGAAUUCAUAAUGCAAUCUGUAUUAAUAGAGGAAAGCAUUUACUGAAUAAUUUUCCAUUUGGAAUACCAGAGUAAAACCCUAUGAAUAAGAUGACACUGUGACUCUCUUUUGAAUAAUUCUUAAAGCAUUCUCCACAUCAUUGAUAUUAUUCUGCAUAGAAUUUAAAUCUAACUU